CCUGACGGCAGUGACGGCGGUCACUCACAAACACAAAUACUGUAUGUAACAUGACAGCUGAGCGCUGAGCGCUUGAACCUCCAAAUACCUUACCCUGUGUCAUGUUCCAGCUCACAACCCUCAGGUUAGCUAGCCAUCGGGUUCAUCGACUUGCUUCAGUCAAUAGUUCCGUGGCAUAUUGCAGACCGGCUUUGAGGUCUUGGUGCACAUCCUGUCGUCCGCAGAAGCAGCGGCUACAACUCACAACUGUUCGAUAUCUUUCAACCUCCCCUCUAACAGCAGAGGACGCUGCGUUGUCGACAAAAGCACCUUCCUCCGGAGGCAGCCAAACUGAGCCUGUUCCUUACCAUGGUCCACUUACACAGACAUUCCGUCGUCUCAAAAUUUUCUCCCUGUCAUCCUUGGGUCUGUCAUGUAUCAUGACCCCAUUCAUUUUCAUCGUCGAGUCAUCACUCCCUCUAUCGGCUCGAAUCGUUCUGGCAUUAACCGCACUUUCCACAAGUUCUAUCUCGACUGCCCUUGUCGGGUGGUCCGGCGCAUCCUAUGUCGUCGACCUGCAAAGACUUCCGCCAGCCGACAAUGGCGGCAUCGAAGGCAUUGAGAUGACCACGCUUACAAUCACGCUCAACAAGCUCGUCACGCGUGUGUACGAUGCUGACUUCCUAUUAGAGACGAAGCGACCAUUUGCGAAGUGGGAGCUCGCGCAAAGUUUCCUCCUGCCACCGUCAAAUGAAGACGCACUCAUGGCAGCGAAAGGUGGCGCACCGGGCGAGGAAGAAACAAUAGCAGAAACCUUCAAUGCUAAGGGCGAGAUCGUAGGACGGUGGAUUGUUAAAUGGGAGAAUGAUAGUGCAGGAACAUGUCACGGAACGGGAAAAGUCGUGCGAUACUUCAAUGUGCAUGAGGAGCUGCUGUGACACUUGUGCAUCUAGGUCGUUGCUUUGAAUUUGCACUUUCUCCUCGUUAUUACCGUCAUUUUUACGGAGUCGCGACAACA